GUUGCAGAUCAGCCAAAGAGUUAGGAGGCUAUCUUUUCCUCGGGAUCGAGAAGGUCCAUCAUCCGGAUCAUCCUCACGACCAUCUCGUAGUCAGUUAUCUCUACAUGGAUCCUCACCAAUUGAAGAUAUUGUGGGGACAUCUCAAAUGGGUACACCGCAACAUCAAGACGCAUUACCAGAUAUAGACAAUGCUUGCGAUGGAUCUGGUGAUGAUGAGAUCGAGCACGAGAGAAUGUCCGGAUCUUCUCAGUCAGAGAUGGCAUGUCUCCGCCCAUGGAUUCCGUCAGUAUCUCGCAACCCUCUACCAGAAAAAGCUAUUGAAUUACAAAAAAAAUGUGAUAUGAACUACAAAUUGAAGAGAGAUGAUAUUAAAAGAAAGGAGCGUGCUAUAAAACAGAGACUAGAUAAAGCUAUGUCAGAUCUAAUGAGGGGAAAAUGCCAAAAAGAUGAUGAGUGA